AGACUUCCUUAAUGUCACAUCCAGAGACUCUUUAGGCUCGCCUGCUUCCCAACCCAAACUGGCCAGUCUCUGAAGGAAGCUUCAAAGCUCUAGUUAAUCUUUCGUGCGGAUUCAACGAACUCAAUUUGUAACUUUUCCAAAACGGCCAGCGUUAGCUUCCACGGAGCUGACGCUCAACUAUAUUCCUCUUCUCCAAACUCCCCCACUUCAUUUGGCAGUCCUGCUCGCCAAGUACUCUCCACUCCUCAUUGAUUACGAUACGCAGAAGCGAGGGGGGGUUCUCAUCUUCCCAUUCGGACUUGGAUGCUGCCAUCAAUAAGUUUCGCAUGACCGCCUACAUGUGGCAAGCUCUCACUUCCGAGGAUAUGCGUGUCACAGGUCUUGAGCGUCGAUCUUUCCGCCUUGAUGGGAAUGGACAACGGGGGCAUUGAGUCGAGAAUUCUUGUCGGGCUCUUACGACUCACUUGCAAGCCAUAUGAGUUCCACAGUCAAGAUCCAUCUUACUCGAUCAGACAAAACGGUCGCAGAGCUUCGCGAUGCUCAAGUUGCUCAACAAAACAAGCAAGCCCGGCGAAGGGAUGAUUUGCACCAACACUUCACUAUAGAAUUGAAGAAGCAUAGAAGUCCUUUCGCCUCCUCUUUACAUCCAAUUGUCACAGGUCUUACCCUAGACUCAACAUUCUUGGAUAUGCUGCACUUGGCUGCUCCAACCCCAGCGAGAUUUCUCUCGGCAUGUUCGGAAGUCACCUCACUUACAGCUGGCCCAGGUUCCUGGAGGAAGUUGCAAGCGGCUUGCUUGACACUGCUGUCCCAGGAGACGAUCUCGAUCCAUUGGACAAGGAGCAUUCUUGCCCGAAGUCGGUCAUGCUCUCGGCACUCCGCAUACAACGGGUAUCAUGGUACGAGGAUAUGCGCAGGACUGGCCCAAAACUUCCUAUCUUGCACGGCAUACUGUGCUCAGACAAAGCGACCCGGUCCCAUCUUACCUGACGGCGAGGCCAGCAAUGAUGCUCGACGGUAUCCGAGUGAUGCGUUAUCAAUCAAAGUCUUGCCUCACCUCAAGCUUCCCACCGAUCCAGUCUUAUCGCGUGAAGCAAUCAUCGCAGAGCCGAAUGUUCAAGUCGCCUUUGAAGAUGAACAAGAAGAAUUCCUGAUAUUGGUUAUCAGCUCUCCAGCACUGAUCGUUCACAUCAAAUUCAACAAAGUUGAGGAAGCAGAGCUAACUUUCGCUAACCCAAUCAGCAAGGCACAGUUCACCUCAGACGAAUUGGAGGCUCGAUUUGAACGGAGCAACCACCUGGAGCUGGGUGUUCUUGGCAUGAAUUCCAAAUCAGGAGUCAUUGGAAACGUUUGGAGAUUGUUCUCUAGUGUCUCUUUCAUUCGAGCUCCUGGAUCUUCUAUUGUUCUACAGAAAGGAUCCCAGUCCAGAGGUCAUGACAAGGAGUAG